AUGGCCGAGCUGCCCAUCCCGGAGCUGCCCACCGCCCCGGCCCGCUGCAGCGGCCGCUUCACCAUCAGCACCCUCCUGGGCAUGGAGGAGAGCGGCCGGGGUCCCUACGCACCCACCGAGGGGGCCGGCUGCGACAGCACCCAGCCCACCCACCUCUCCGGCAGCACCCUCUGCACCAGGACCUUCGGCUACAACACGGUGGACGUCGUGCCCGCCUACGAGCACUACGCCAACAGCAAGGGGGUGGGCGAUGCCGGGAAGGGCAGGCCCUCGCUGGCGGACUUGCACUCCAUCCUCAAGGUAAGGUGGGGUUCGGCUGUGCCGCUGGCAUCUCCGGCAUCCCCAUGCCAUGCCGCUGGCAUCUCCGGCAUCCCCUGCAAUGGCCUGCCGGAGGCCGGGCUGGAGGAGGCAGCGGGGGAGCCGGGCAGAGCCCCCGCGCCGGAGCCCGUCCGCUUCGGAUGGGUGAAGGGUGUGAUGAUUCGCUGCAUGCUGAACAUCUGGGGAGUCAUCCUCUACUUGCGCUUGCCCUGGAUCACCGCCCAGGCAGGAAUCGCCCUAACGUGGCUCAUCAUCCUGAUGUCCGUGACGGUGACCACCAUCACCGGCUUGUCCAUCUCUGCCAUAUCCACCAACGGCAAAGUGAAGUCAGGGGGCACCUACUUCCUCAUCUCGCGGAGCCUCGGGCCGGAGCUGGGCGGCUCCAUCGGGCUGAUCUUUGCCUUCGCGAACGCGGUGGCCGUGGCCAUGCACACGGUGGGCUUCGCCGAAACUGUCCGGGACCUGCUGCAGGAGCACAACUCCCUCAUCGUGGACCCCACCAACGACAUCCGCAUCAUCGGGGUCGUCACCGUGACGGUGCUGCUGGGCAUCUCCCUGGCCGGCAUGGAGUGGGAGGCCAAGGCACAGAUACUGUUUUUCCUGGUCAUCUUGGUUUCCUUCAUAAAUUACCUGGUGGGGACGGUGAUCCCGGCCACCGCCGAGAAGCAAGCAAAGGGCUUCUUCAGCUACCGAGCCGACAUCUUUGCCCAGAACUUUGUGCCCAGCUGGCGCGGACCCGAGGGCUCCUUCUUCGGCUUGUUUUCCAUUUUCUUCCCGUCAGCAACCGGUAUCCUGGCUGGGGCCAACAUUUCGGGUGACCUGAAGGAUCCUGCCGUGGCCAUCCCCAAGGGCACCUUGAUGGCCAUCUUCUGGACCACCGUGUCUUACCUGGUGCUUUCUGCUACGAUCGGCGCCUGCGUGGUCCGGGACGCCUCGGGCAGCCUGAACGACAGCGUGGCGGUGGGCUCGCCGGGCUGCGAGGGACUGGCCUGCAGCUUCGGCUGGAACUUCACCGCCUGCGCCCAGCGGCAGAGCUGCCGAUACGGGCUCAGCAACUACUACCAGAGCAUGAGCAUGGUGUCCGGAUUCGGCCCCCUCAUCACAGCGGGGAUCUUUGGCGCUACCCUCUCCUCGGCACUGGCCUGCCUCGUCUCAGCCCCCAAAGUCUUCCAGUGUCUCUGCAGGGACCAGCUCUACCCCCUCAUAGGCUUCUUCGGGAAGGGCUACGGGAGGAACAGCGAGCCCAUCCGCGGCUACAUGCUCACCUACGUCAUUGCCAUCGGCUUCAUCCUCAUCGCUGAGCUCAACGCCAUCGCCCCCAUCAUCUCCAACUUCUUCCUCUGCUCCUACGCCCUCAUCAACUUCAGCUGCUUCCACGCCUCCAUCACCAACUCCCCAGGCUGGCGACCCUCCUUUCAGUAUUACAGCAAGUGGGCCGCGCUCUUCGGGGCCACCAUCUCAGUGGUGAUCAUGUUCCUGCUGACCUGGUGGGCGGCCCUCAUUGCCUUUGGCAUCGUCAUCUUCCUCCUGGGAUACGUCCUCUACAAAAAGCCGGACGUCAACUGGGGCUCCUCCAUGCAAGCCAGCUCGUACAACAUGGCCCUCAGCUACUCGGUGGGGCUGAGCGAAGUGGACGAGCACAUCAAGAACUACAGACCGCAGUGCCUGGUGCUGACCGGCCCUCCCAAUUUCCGCCCGGCCCUGGUGGACUUCGUGGGGACGUUCACCAAGAACCUCAGCCUGAUGCUCUGCGGCAACGUGCUGAUCGGACCGUGGAAGCAGAAGAUGCCGGAGUCCCGGCUGACAGCAGACGGCCACACCAAGUGGCUUAUGAAGAGGAAGAUCAAGGCUUUCUACGUGGAUGUGGUGGCUGAGGAUCUGAGAAGCGGCGUCCAAAUGCUCAUUCAGGCUGCCGGCCUUGGGAAGAUGAGACCCAACAUCCUGGUGCUGGGCUACAAGAGGAACUGGCAGACGGCGUCCCCGCAGAGCCUGGAGGACUACGUGGGCAUCCUGCACGACGCCUUCGAUUUCAAGUACGGCGUGUGCUUAAUGCGAAUGAAGGAAGGGCUGAACGUUUCCCGAGUGAUGCAGGCUCACGUUAACCCCACGUUCGAGGCAGCGGAGCACCCCGAGGAGAACGGCACCGGCGCAGAGCAGCCCCGGGCACAGGUUGGUCCUGCGGACCCCGCCGCCUUGGCUGGCGAGCAGCAGGCGAGCACCGUCUUCCAGAGCGAGCAGGGCAAGAAGACCAUCGACAUUUACUGGCUCUUUGACGACGGAGGUCUCACGCUGCUCAUCCCCUACCUCCUGGGGCGCAAGAAGCGGUGGGGAAAGUGCAAAAUCCGGGUGUUCGUCGGCGGGCAGAUCAACAGGAUGGACGAGGAGAGGAAGGCGAUCGUCUCUCUGCUGAGCAAGUUCCGCCUCGGCUUCCACGAGGUCCACAUCCUCCCCGACAUCAACCAGAAACCCCGGCCAGAGCACAUCAAGAGGUUCGACGACCUGAUUGCUCCCUUCAGGCUGAACGACGGCUUCAAAGACGAGGCCGUGGUGAACGAGAUGAGGCAGGGCUGUCCCUGGAAGAUUUCUGACGAGGAGGUUGAUAAAAACAGAGCCAAGUCGCUCCGACAAGUGAGGCUGAACGAGAUUUUGCUGGAUUACUCGCAGGACGCGGCGCUCGUAGCCAUCACGCUGCCCGUCGGCAGGAAGGGUCGCUGCCCCAGCUCCCUCUACAUGGCCUGGCUCGAGACCCUCUCGCAGGACCUGAGACCCCCCGUCAUCCUCACCCGAGGAAACCAAGAGAACGUGCUGACCUUUUACUGCCAAUAA